AGUUCACGUGCGAAUAUAUAUAUUUGGCUCCAAUAGCGUAAUGCCUGUGGCCGCGAACGGUCGGGAGCCAAUCAGAUAAAGGGAGAGUGAAGUGCUUCCGAGAGCCAAGAUGGCAGAGAAUGCGUCGUGCGAGUUGCUGGUCGUGACGUUAACGUUCGACGUAGGACUAAUAUACUUUAUCUGAGAUCGUCCGUGAUGUAUCUGUUUCGUAACACCUGAUAAGAUAUCCGAGUGUGAAGUGGAUAAUGUCGGACAAUAGACUGGGAGCCAACUAUCAGCCAACAAACGAUGUAACACACAAACAAAAAAUUCUUUUCUGCAAGGUUAAGAACCUUUGUUGACAAAACGACGGCGGGCCAUGGCAAGAAACUUUUUGCACCGACGUUUCUGAACACCGGCUUCCUUUUUUCUCCUCCGACGUCAUACAGGUUUGUGUGUGUAUGUGUGUUUUAUUUUGAAUAAUUGAUUCGGACCAGAUUUUCAACCUUGACACCGUGAACUCACCGGCGAGUCUUUUGUUUGCGUGCGUCGAUUAACGGGAAACCGUGUGCGCCCGAAAUCCAUGUUUAAUACCUGACCCCUCUACGCGUUCGACGUGAAUAUGGGCGCCUUCUACGCGUUGGCAUACGCCGUUUUUGUGUCUACGCUGUCGUACGAGGUGGUGGCUUGCCCCUCCGUUUGCAAAUGUGGACCCAUCAAGUCGCGGACUCCGGACAGGAUCAAAUUGGGACAACGCAUCACUUGUGCCAUGACCGACGUCACUUCCGUCGGGGAUUUUCUUUUAGAAGAAAUGCCACGGGAUACCAUUUAUCUGAUCCUCCGAGAGAACAAAUUGAACUCAAUCGAAUAUGGCGCAUUUUCUUCGCUUCCCGGCAUCGUUAAGCUUGACCUGUCCAGAAAUUUAAUCAGUAAAAUUCAAGAAGGAGCUUUUCUAAAUUUAUCAAAUGUAGAAAAACUUGAUUUAUCUCAUAAUAAAUUGGCCAGUUUGUCGGCCAGAAUGUUCGAGAGUUUAACUUCGUUACAGCGACUAAUUUUGGAGCAUAAUGCAAUUAGCAGAUUACCAAAAGGUGUAUUUAAUUACAUGAUUUCCUUAAAAACAAUUGAUCUAUCUUCUAAUCCACUAAUCUGUGAUUGCCAGUUGAAAUGGUUUAUUGAAUGGACGAGAUCUAAGGGAGUAAGAAUAACGCAGGAGACUGCUUGCCAGUUUCCUUUAAAGCUAAGAGGCAUGUCUCUCUCUCAACUGUCCAAAAAAGAUCUACAUUGCAAUUGGCCUGUUCAACUUCCAUUAUUCGAAUUAUCACCGAAAGUAAACCAGCUUGUUUUUGAGGGAGAUGCUUUACUGUUUCAAUGUCGAGUGUCUAAUGUGGAAGACAAUAUUAAAUUGAAUUGGAUGUUGGACGAUCUUGCGAUAACUACGGAUCCAUUGGGAGUCGUUGCAGUUCAAACUCACGUUUCUCAGGACGGGAGUGUAUUACGCAGUUUAUUGUCAAUCAGUCGUCUGCAUACCCACCACUCAGGAAUUUGGAGAUGUCACGUCGAAACGCCAAGGGGAAACGAAUCUCGCAGCAUCCAAAUUAUCGUAAUAGCCGAGAAUAAUCGUGUCUGUUCUAGGAUGAUGACGUCGGACAAUAAGGGACAGUAUUUAUGGCCAGAAACAUUAGCUAGUAUAACAGUAGAGUUACAGUGCGAAGGCAUUCCUGCUGGAGCUCUCGGUUACAUGCCAGCUUUCGCAUAUCACACGUGUAAUAAUGAAGGAAAGUGGGAAAAUUUAGACACUUCAUCUUGUCCGUAUGUUUCUGAAGUGACUAAAGUAUUUGAACAGUUUUCAAAGACUAAUUUAUCAUUGAGCAAAACCAACGUAUUAGACAGUGCUCGAGGACUGAGAAAUUACACCGGAGACGGAAGCAUGCUUAAGGAUAAAAUGGACAUCGUUUUUAUUGCCCGCACGAUCGAAAAUUAUAUGGAGUUUGCCGGACAUCAUAAAGAAAUAGGGGAAAUACUAAUUGAUGUUAUUAAUAUCAUCAUGGGUGUUGAUAAGAAACUGCUACAUGCUGCACAAAUGGAAGACAAUUCCUGUUCACGCAAAAACUGUUGCUUUGUCGUGGCCAAACUUAUAUGUUUAGUUUUCGGAACAUCUAACAAACAUUUGAUAUAUUUAUUACAGGACGUCGAAGCAUUGUUAGCAGAACUGAAUCUUCAGCGAGCACAGUUUAGGCCGUCGCAUCCUGCCAUUUAUUUCGGAUCUCUCUUAUGUGUCGGCGGACUCGGUGCAACAAUCCUUAUAUACUGUUGUGGUCACAAAGAGAUAAAAAUGCCAAAGAAGAAUAAGCACUCUCUUGUAAAUACCUGGAUUUCUAUGAUAGUAUUAUGUUUAACCUUUACUUUUGGUGUCCAUCAGACAGAUUACACCAAAAUUUGUGAAGCCGUAGGAUUAAUUUUACAUUAUUUGACAUUUUGCACUUUACUUUGGAUGAUAAUUACUGUCAGUAACUUAUACAAGAAAUUAACCAAGACAGAUCCUCCAGAACUACUUCCAGAUGAAGAAAUUCCAGAACAAUUGCUUCCUCCUAAACCUAUGCUAAGGUUUUAUUUAGUUGGUUGGGGGAUAUCGACGAUAGUUUGUGGGAUUUCGGCAGCGGUACUGUUAGAAAAUUAUGGAGGUCCAAACUAUUGUUUCUUGUCCUUUAACCCGAGUUUGGCAGCUUUUUACGGUCCAGCAGCAGUACUAGUUUUCUUUCUCGUCAUUUUCUUUUUGCUAAUAUAUUGUGUCUUGUGUGAAAAUAAUAAGAUAACAAUGACUGGAAUACCCGUUUGUGAUAACAUACCAAUUGCAGAUAACGUGGUUAUGGAAUUAACUCAGACUAACCACGAAGAAGGAUCUCUUCACAGUUGUGGAGAUAACAACUCUGAAAAUAUGGAGGAUGCAGAGUAUUCUUGCCAUAUGCAACUUCGAGCGCAUGUGAUAUUAUUACUUUUAUUUAUAUUUGCUUGGGCAUCGGGAGCAAUGGCCACUGGAAGACCGUUUAUUAAUCAUCUUCCUGCAGAUAAUCUCGUAUUUAGUAUGCUUUACUGUUUCUUUAGCACCCUUAUAGGUUCCUUUGUUUUCUCUUUCUUUUGUUAUUCCAGACAAGAUGUGCGUCAAUAUAUUAAAAAUUGGAAGUAUAGAAAGAUACAAUUGAAAGUUAAACAGGAAAUGACUAGGGAAACUCAACCAACAGAAAUAUUAAGUUCAAACAAUCCCUCGUUGCAGGAAGGGCACAUAAACGCUUCGCUGUCACACCAGGGAUCGGAUAAAUUGACAAACUGUAAUAUUCUCUCGUCGCAUCCCAGCUCCACAGAACAUUCUUUUAAUGGUGCAGAAAUGUUUUACGAUCCAAGGCAAAGUGUAGUCGCUAGGAAAUUUUUUGAAAAAAAUCGUCGCCAGCAACAAUUAAAGCUACUUCAGAAGAACAAUUUGCAAAAAGAAGCGGCCGACAUCUGUGAUGAAAAUAAUUUAGAUGAUAAUGAACAGAAAAACCAACUGGAACCCACUACCGCUAACAGUAUUCAGAAUCCUCAUAAUAUCAAUUUAUCUAGUCAUAAUCAAAGGAAUAAUUGUUCCUCCAUUCAAGCCAAAGACGAUUUAGAAAACAAUUCGUGUGGUAGCAGCGAAAACAAUAGAUGCCAGACGAUUCCGCUUCGAAAAAAUUCGCAUUUGAAAUUCAACAAGCAAAACACUUUCACAAAAUUAUGCGAAAAUAAUGCAAAAUCGCAUAUUAAAGAUAACAACUCGACCAGUAACGGUUCCCUAAACAAUCAUCCGCAUCUUUCUCUACCACCUUGGAUGAUCGUCUCACAUAAUUGUAAGAACCAUAAAGAUUCUUGUGCGGAAUGUUCGGACUGUAGUCAAAUUCCUUCUUCCAUUAUAUCGAAUACUUGUUUUUCCGACCUGACGGGCUGUAACAUAAAUCACGUCGGUAACAACAAACACAGGCCCAGGUCACGUAAUCGUGCAAAUCACUGGAAGAAAAACAGGAGGCAACACAGUUGGGAUGGUAGAUCCAAGUGCGAAAACAAACGUACUCAUCACAGUAACCAUUCCGUGCAUUCUAAUAAAGCAUAUCAGUAUUCGUCGAACAAGAAACAUUACGAUCAGCAUAACGAAGAUUGUUACUUUCCGAGAUCGUACAGCGCUUACGAACAACCGUGCAAGGCUCCUAUGGAAUCGGUAUCGGGAGGCGAUUCGGAACUUUCGCACCAACAAGAAAUCUCAAUGUGAAGCAAUUUCUUUGUUACAAACCAAUCUUUCUUUGUAUCAUAAUCGAAAGAAUGUGUUUAGAGAGUUUUAUUAUUGUAAAUAUUAAAAUUAUUAUUAUUAUUAUUAAUUAUUGGCAAUCAAAAAGAAACUCAGGAUGGAACAGACGUUUUGCCAAUUUGGCAUAAAAUCAAUUUUAUAAAAAUUUGUCUAACCAAAGAUUUCAUUCUAGCAAAUGUACAAAACUUGGAUUAUUAUUAUUUUUUUGUUAGGUUACUUGUGUUUUAUGUGCGUGUUUAUUAGACGAGCAAUUGAACACAUGUAUAUAUAUAUAUAUAAAUGUAUGAAUGAGAGUGGCAUAUGGACAUGCUUUUAAAAAUUAUAUAUAUAUAUAGAGACUACUAUGCAGGAAAAUAAAAAUUUUA